GAGCCCAGAACAGGAGAAUGCCUUCACGUUUCGUUCUGGUUUUGUUUCGAAAAACAAAAUUUGGAAAGAAAAAUGGAGGGGAAAGUAGAAAUCUCUCUCGACAAGCUUCCCGUUAAGCGAUUGGAGGCCAUCGAAGAAAAUGGCGUCGAACGAUUCCCGACUGAUGUUGGAUAUGAUGAGAAAAGAGUAUCAUUGAUUCGGCGAAUAGAUUUCGGAUGGGCAGUUGAGAAACAGGAUGAGGAAAAGAAUAAGGAAAAAAAGAAGCAGAAGACAAAGAGCUCGAAAGAGAGCUCCUCUUCAACGCCAUGGCCAUGGCAGAGUAUGGUGGAGAAUUUGCAAUUGGCUCACCAGGAGCUCUCUGUCAUUAUUGAUCUCAUCAAUACUGUGGAAGCCAAUGAUGCUGUAACAGUGGCUAGCAUGACCAGACCAAAGCCAUUACCCAGUGAGCAUCUAGCUGAUCUUGCCGUUUCUACAGCAACCAAGCUACAAUGCUACCGGCAUCUUGGUAAAUAUUUUAAGCAGUCUGCCAAAGCUUUCGAACAGCAGAUUGCAAGGGAAGCAAGAUUUUAUGGUGCUCUAAUCAGAUUGCAGCAAAACUGGAAAGUCAAACGGCAGCGCAUGGCGGCAACUGCUCUCAGCAAUGAGGGCUUCACCAUUGAUCUUUUUGAUAAUUCACUAUAUGAUUCAGCCUCUCUAUUUCGUCCCCCUUCUCUAUCUACCAUUCGUAUUGACCAUGACUCAGCUGGCAUGCUAGCUAUAAAUUUACCUCCAAGUUCUUGCCGCUCUCUUCAUUUUGGUUUUCUUGGUGUACAUUCCAAUGACAACAUAAAGAAAUGCACUAAAAUUAAAAGUUCAUGUUCAGUUGAGCAUUCAUCAAAAGAAGCUGAGAAAGAAUCUCUAAGUGAUAAUGAAUGCGUGAAAGAAACACACUCGCUUCUUCGUGAAGUUCAUCAGGCAAUCUUUGAUGAGCAGGUAUUUGACAUGGUGAACCGUGAAGCAUUCAACCAAUCUUUAGGACUCAAUGUGACUGGAAUUCAAGAAAAUUAUCUACAAUUGAGCAUAAAUCCAGGAACUUCUAUCUUUAUAUCCCUUGUGCCAUCUAAUGGGGAUGAUAAAACGGUUGAUGGUGGAGGGUUCCAGAUUUCAGAAUCACCAGUUUUACCUUUAGAUUCAUUAGCUGGAGUAAAAUUACCAGACGAAAAUCAUGACUUUCUUAAGAAGAAGUCAUGCUUUCCUAACUGGAUCGGUUAUGAAAUAUAUCUUCAACAGAUUUUUCAUGAGCAUGUAUUUGUAAGAGCAAAGGAUAGACCCCUUUCCACUGGCACCCAUGUAUCUGGUCAGCUAACAAAGGAUGGGCCUGGCCUUCUUGGUCAUUUCUGCAUGUCUGUGGCUCACAGAAUCUUUUCAAACAAAGUUCUUAUGGAGCUAGAAAAUGUGGUAUGCAAGGUCCCAUAUGUCCACUUAAUCUCUCAUCCCACUUGGCAUUCCCGUACAUCUUCAUGGACAAUACUUAUGAAGGUUCCUCAGUCCAUUCUUCAUGCAAAUUCUCAACUUCGCACAUCGGACACCAAAAGCAUGAAGAAUGAUAUUAAAACAGAAUUUCGGUCUAAGAUCGUGGUAAAUGAUGAUUGCAUCUCUGUUGAAGCAGAAGGUGCUCCUAAUGUUGUCGGUCUAUUUAAAGGCAGUUCUGAUGACGUAUGUUCUGUGAACAAAUAUGACUGUGAUUUGGCUGAUCUUCCUGUGAUAAUUCUGCAGCAGGUUGCUAGCCAGGUUAUCCGCUGGCUUCAUGAGGAAGCUCUUUCAGUGGGAAUUAAAGCAAAUCGCGACUUUCUAUGCUUGUCAUUUGAGUUGGAACAGGGUGAAGUACUGAGCCUGGUGGCACAUGUGGACCCUGAAGAUACUGAAGGGUGCAUAUCCUGGUGGUUAGUGAUGGAAGAUGGCUUUGCAGAGGAGAGGAAACUUCAUAUGGAUAUUGCUGAUGAAGCAUCUGAAUAUAGAAAGUUCUUGGGAUAUUUACCUCUUGACAUCUUAUACUCAAUACUGAUGAAUCUGGUUAGUUUAUGCAGUGGGGGUGGGAGCCAUUGACAAAACAUUAACUUCUGCACUUGGUAGUUGAAGAUGUUUCUUGGACCACACGAUGCUAUAUUUCCUCGCAUCUUGGAAGUAAAACAGUUAUAUGUAACUAACCUGUCUCCGGGGUAGUACUAAUUGAAAUUUACGUAGGAGCUAAUGUGAUUGUUGUUGGUGAUGGUGGUUGCAGUAGGAGAACAUGGAUAUAAAACUAACCAAAUUAUAACACACUAGCAUUCUGUUUACCUCUAUACUUAGAAUUUUAUAUAUGUUCAUAUCUGAAACAUUUUGAUGUAAAAUCUCACUGGCUAAUUUUGUAAAAUAAUGGAAUUUACAGGUUGAGUUUUCUUUU